ACUUAAAAAAAAAGAUAUUUAAUGAAGCAAGAGAAAGUUGCGUUAGUAGGUUUAUUAUCUGUUUUUGAUUUCAUUCUAACAUAGAUGUAAUAAUUACAACAGCUUUUUUGUUGUUUGAUUUUCAACAUUUAAUGGACUAUGUGAAAAUCUUUGGAGCAUUGGUGAUGCGAACUAUAGUUUCCAGUAGGGUCGACUUGGUCUUUCCAUUAAUUUUGUCAAGGGAGAAUUUUUGUUUUUUGUGUGAUUGAGUAGAAGAGUUUCAUGAAAAAGGUCUAUGCGAGCCAUGCGCACCAUGGUGGCAUACAAAGCACCAGCGGAGCAUUUCUCCACCACUCUUAACAGCCUGAAUGAUCUGAGGAAAGAUGAGUCAUUAUGCGAUGUUGUACUUCGAGUGGGCAGUGCGGAAAUCAAGGCUCACAAAUGUGUACUUGCUGCAGGCAGUAACUAUUUUAGAUCGCUGUUUCUUGGCCAGUUUACAGAAUCUUCCAAGAGUGACAUUGACCUAUCACAAGUCACCACUGACAACAUUUCCAUGGAGUUGAUAAUAAACUUCAUUUACUCUGGAGAGGUGGAUAUCGAUUCAGAAAAUGCAGAAGAUAUUUUUAAACUUUCGUCAUUUUUCUUAAUAAAGUCUCUCCAGGAAUUCUGCGCAGAUUUUAUGCUAAAAAAUCUUAAUUUACGGAACUGUCUAGAGUACUUUCUCUUCUCAUUCGAUUAUCAAUUGAAUGAAUUGAGAACAAAAGCUGAACUCAUGGUGAGGGCAAGAUUUCAUGACUAUUUAAUAAAUCAUGAAAAUACAUUGCAGCUGUCUCCCAAUAAUCUUAUUGUUUUACAUCAAAACAACGUAAUGAAGCACUGUUCAAAAUUCAGCUUGCUGCAGUUCUUGCUGAAAUGGUUGAAGCAAUGGAAAUCUGAUAGUUAUAUAAAAGCCAGUUUGGUCAUACUAGAAACCCUUCAAAAGAAUGCUUCUCCGUUCGAAGGCAGCGAAUAUUUGCCAUAUGCAGCUAAAAUAUGCUUGCGAUCAGUUCUUAAUAGUUUUGAAAAAGCAUUUGUGGAUUGUUCUGCUAUCGAGAAGGAAGAUCUUUUAAGAAUAUUGAAUCAAGAGGUUGCUAAACUAGUAUCCUGCCUGCAUCCAAACAGCCAUGGGCCUGAGAACCGCAACUUAAACACUAUUCCUGAAACAAGUGUUGAGCCUUCAAGUAGUCCACUGGAAAUAAAUGAAACAUCAGUCAGCGCAGUCAAUACAGAACGCGAAAUCGCUAUUUUUGCACUGGUUCCUAGAAUGUGUUUGCUAAUGGAAAUAUUCAGUCUAUGGCCACGCUUUGUUUAUAAUGAACACGAGGAACACUUAAGAAAACCACUCUUUGUUGUUUUUGCAUAUGUGCCAAGAAUUCGAACAUGGUUCCGCUUGUUUGAACUUGAUGAGGAUAGCUCGCCUAUGUAUAUUUUUAGUAACGGUUCUUUAAAUACUCGCUUUUAUGUCUUGGAUGAUGAGGCGUGGCUUAUGUAUAAGUCUGGACGUGAAAUAGAUAUGUUUAGUUUUCAGAGUAAACAAUGGAGAGAUCAAGGCUUGCAGUACUUUGAUCUGAAUGUAAGGCAGUUUGAUGACACCAACGAAAGCAUAGAUGCUUGUAUAGUAUUUGGAAAUAAUGGUGCAAAGUAUAUGGUUGUCAAAGUUUGCACUGAAAGCCAAUUUGAAAUUGAAUUUUAUUUUAAAUGUUAUAUUAUCCGGGAUGACGGAAAGACCUUGAACUGUAUAUUUAUAACUCCAGAAAAGACUAUGAUGGAUUAUGACGUGGACAAAACUACAGUAUUGACAGCUGAAAUAAGUGCAACCAGCAAUGAAUUACUGGUAGCUCAUAGCACACGAAAUGGAACUGGAUGGAAUCUUGUGUUUGUUGCCAAUCUUAAUGACCAAUCGCCAAGUCCCAAUUUUCUCAAAUAUGAAAGCAAUCGAGCCUGUGAUGAAUUUACAGACGUUACAAUUCUUGAAGAUGCUGACAGAUUUCGGAUUGUUUCCAAUGGGAAAACAAAAUGUGGCUCAGAAGUGAAAGUUCUGUAUGAAUACAAGUUUAACUCAAAUAAGUUGAUAGAUUGCAAAGAUGCGUCCAUAGGUUUAACAGUUUCAAGAAAGCUUGAUCCACAUUUUGGUGAACUAUCUAUUGGUCCUUUCUAUUAUGAACAAAGUGCAUCUGAUGGCCACAAGACCGUGUGGUACAUGGAGAGUGACAGGAAAAGUGUUAGCUCUCUCACAGAGGUCACAGUAGGUGAAGAAGGUAUUCCUAUACGGAAGGACCACCCACCACCGCCUUUUGCUUGCUUUUCUCAAAUGUGUGUGGGCGAGAUCAGUAGGAAUCUUCUUACGGAUUGGAAUCAGGCUUCUUGCUAUAGUUUGCCAUCACGCUUACCACAGGAUCAUGAUCAAUAGUCUUUAUCAUCUUUUGGCCAUUUCUCAACUUGUUUAACCAGCUCCCAUCUCUUGUUCAUCAAACAAAAAAAUAUUUCAAAUUGUAAAAACAUUAAAAGUUUCAUUUACCGUAUUUUUCGGGUUAUAUGUUGCACCGGAAUGUACGACGCAUCCCUUUUUUUUUACCUUUUUCGAAUUUUGUCCACAUAUAAGAUGCAUAGGCGUAUAUGACGCACACAUCCUAUGAUAAAAUAAUCCCAAAUAUGCUAUCAAAAUGUUCAUCCAAAAUGUUCAUCUAUUACAAUUUGAAUUCUAUUUAAUGCUUGAUUUUAGAUCGAAGAUGCCUAGUCAAAGUGAUUGUGGUCAUUCGUGACCUCACAUCUUUCAUCAUUUUAUUUAUUUUCUCCAUUAUAUUUAUAAGAAUUUAUUGAUUAACAAUAAUGACAUUCAAAACAAUGUAUUACCAAUAAUUAUGGACCAAAUCGACAGAGUUGCAUUCACACAUAUUAAUCCCUUUUGUCAAAACAUCACAGACCGAAUUCCACACAAUAGGUCAGUAGACGUGCUAAGCGUGUUUUCGUAACGCCCAACACUAAAUCCAGAUUCGUUCAAAUGUUCUCUUAAUCAGUAUACCGUGCAAUAACUGUUUCAAUAAUUACUCAACUAAAAGACCAUAACAAUAAAGAAAGCGCGUGUUUGAUUUUA